AUGGCCGCCACCGUUCCGGGUGCGGCAACAUUAGGAAUCACUCACGAAAAGAAGGAAGGCUUCAAGAAGGUUCUGGGCAUGAUGCCCGAGCAGAACGACCAGGAGCUUUACGCCAUAUUCCGUGCCGACUCGUUGAACAGGUUCUACGUUCCGGCAGUCAUGAUGGGCCACGAGGAGCCAGCGCCCCCAUCUUCCCGAACCGUCCACAUCCUCGGUUCUGAUUCAAGAUCCAAAUUCCUCUCUCACUCGCUUUACGGUGUCUACGAUUCAAUACAGACGAUACACUCUGGGACCACCACCACCCAGCUGGACCCCUCAAGCGAGAAGUGGUUGCGCACGCAGGGCAUGCUGUCCAAGUUUGCGGCGGCCACGGACCUGCGGGCGCGCGGGCUGCCGCUCGACAGCUGGCUCGCGCUCAAGAUCCCCUCCCUCAUGUUCUCCUCCGUCGUCGACCCCAUCUGCGUGCUACUCGACUGCCACUACGAGCAGCUCCUGUUCAACCCGACGGCGAACCGCCUCAUCGGCCAGCUGCUGGACGAAAUCGCCAACGUCGUGGAGCGCAUGCCGGAGCUCAGACGGGCGUCGCCCAUGCUGCAGGCGGCGCUUCGCGGGGAGGGCAUGCGGAAGGACACCAUCGGUCGGCUGAGAGGCAAGAAGGGCUCGCCGAGCAAGAUGGUGACGCAGAUUGAACGCGGUCAGCUGACGGACAUUGACUACCUGAAUGGGUACUUCAUCCAGCGGGGCAAGAGGCUUGGCGUCGACAUGCCGGCGAACGAGAUGGUUGUGGGCAUGGUCAAGGCGAAGCAUAAGGCUCAGCUGCAAAAGUUGAGAUCGUACAUCCCGAUGGAGAUGACGUCCAGGUUGUAA